UGCAGAGACGCCGGGGCUGGAGCUGAGAGCGAGCCGGGAGAGUUGAGGGGUCGGGUGGGCUGGGCAGCAGGGCGGAUCGGGAACCCGCACCGUUGAGCCUGCCUGCAAGCGAGAGUCGGGAUUUGGGAGGCCGUAGGAAGCAGUGGGGGCUCUAGACACCCAGGUGGUGACUCCUUGUAACGGCUGCAGGAUGGGAAAUCCUGGUGCAUUUCUAGUCUGCUAGGAAUACCUUGGAACGUCUCUCCAGCUAACCCCUCUUGUCCUUAUGAGAAUACUGAACUCCACUCCUCACAAGUCCACAAUGGCAGUGGAUGUUGCAAUGCAGUUGUACCUGCGCUCGCCCUCUUUCCGAAGGGACAGCUUUGCUUACAAAAUCGCUCCGAAGCCCAAAAAGCCUUUGCGGCCCUGCAUCCAUUUAAACAAUAGAAUGGAGUUAAAUGACCUGGGAGCAGAAGUCCAAAAACUACAGAACGCCAAAGUAAAAAAGAGGGUAUCCUUUGCAGACACCAGGGGCUUGGCUCUGACGAUGGUGAAAGUGUUCUCUGAGUUCGAUGACCCGUUGGAUAUUCCAUUUAACAUCACGGAAUUAAUAGACAACAUUGUGGGCCUGACAACGGCAGACAGGGACGAUUUUGUCUUGGAUUUUGUACAGCCUUCCGCCGACUAUUUGGACUUCCGCAAUCGCCUCCAGGCGGACUAUGUCUGCCUUGAGAACUGCAUGCUGAAAGAUAAAGCUAUCUCUGGCACCGUGAAAGUUAGGAAUCUUGUGUUUGAGAAGGCUGUGAAGAUCCGGAUGACAUUCGACACCUGGAAAACCUUCACAGACUAUCCAUGCCAGUAUGUCAAAGACACGUAUGCGGGUUCAGAUAAGGACACCUUCUCUUUUGAGAUCAGCUUGCCCAAGAAAGUUCCGCCCCACGAAAGGAUGGAGUUUGCAGUGUGUUAUGAAAGUGACGGCAGAGUGUACUGGGAUAGCAACAAAGGCCAGAAUUACAGGAUCAUGCGGUCAGAACUGAAAUCCGCCCUGGAGAUUUCCCAACCUCAGAGCGAAUCUGGUUUUGGGAUUGCCUUUGACCAGUUUGGAAGUCCAAGGUGCUCCUACGGCUUAUUUCCUGAAUGGCCAAGUUAUUCAGGGUAUGAAAAGCGCGGGCCUUAUUACUGAAUGAAAGACAUGGUCUGUGUAUUUAAAUGUAUGAGGUUUUUAAGGGGAGAAAAACUUGGCAUUUGCUGCGAUGCGAUGGUCGCCAAAGGUGUGUGUUUAUAGAGCUGCAGAAAGUGAAACGCAAGGGACUCGUGAAAUGCCUGACUGCAGAUAGGCUGUUCUUGCAUUGAACAGCUAGAAGAAACGGGAGAGGUCAUUCGUGUUUCGGAACACCACUGCUUGCCUCCCAGUCCAGUCCAACGCUCAUUGCUUCGGUUCAGGCACUGUUUUGCUUGUUCAUCAGUGCGAGGUACGUUGCAAUAUUGCAAACUGAUUUUGGAGGAAGACUCCCCCCUUUUUGCAUUAUGGAGACAGAGUUGGCUGUUCCUCACGAGAAACCAUAGAGG